CCCCAGCCCAGCCAGAGAGGGGCGCGGGCGCCUUGCAGGCGCUGGACUGGGGAGCUCCGGAGCCCGAAGCGCGCGCCUAGCCGCGUGGGCGGCGAUGAGCGCCGAGGGAUCGCAGUCCCUGGCCGCCCCCCGCGGGCGUCCUAGUCACCUACUGGUGCCCGCGCGGACCAAAACUGCUCUGGCCUUGUUGUAUGAUGAAGCAUUGGAAAAUGCCUAUGACGUCCGGCUGAAGCUGACAAAAGAGGUGCUGACUAUUCAAAAGCAAGAUGUCGUCUGCAUCGGGGGAGCACCUCCUGGUGCUAAUCACAGAACUGUUACACUUCGCAGACAACCUGUGGGUGGCCUGGGCCUGAGUAUCAAGGGAGGAGCAGAGCAUGGGGUCCCUGUCGUCAUAUCGAAAAUAUUCAAAGACCAAGCAGCUGACCAGACAGAGAUGUUGUUCAUAGGAGACGCUGUGCUGCAGGUGAAUGGCAUUAAUGUAGAAAAUGCAACCCAUGAAGAAGUGGUUCAUCUUCUGAGAACUGCUGGAGAUGAUGUUACCAUCACUGUUGAGUACCUCAGGGAAGCACCCUCAUUUCUGAAGCUCCCAUUAGGGUCCCCCGGGCCAUCCAGUGACCACAGCAGCAGGGCCUCGUCGCCUCUCUUUGACAGUGGCCUGCACCUGAAUGGACACUGCAGCCACACAGCUCCAUCAUCACCUUCCUCACCCAUAGCUAAUGAACCAAAGUAUGAGAAGCGCUGGCUAGACACCUUGUCAGUCCCUUUGUCCAUGGCUCGGAUCUCCAGGUACAAGGCUGGAACAGAAAAGCUCAGGUCCAGUGCAUUUGAGGUGCUGGCUCUGGAUGGAACCAGCACAGGAGUCCUUCAGUUCUCCACUGCCCAGGACUGUGCUGACUGGUUGCGAGCAAUCUCAGCCAACAUCAGUGACCUGACGCUUCAGCAUAUGAAAAUGGCAAAUAAAUGCUGCUCUCCCUGUGACCAGGUGGUGCACAUGGGCUGGGUAAAUGAGAGGCUCCAGAGAGCUGAUGACACCUCUCAGACCUUCAGAUCCAAGUUCUUGGCCCUGAAGGGCUCAUCAUUCUUCAUUUUCAGCACUCCUCCGGUAAGCACACUGGAUUGGGGACGAGCAGAACGUGCCUAUAACCUCUGUGAGGUGCUGUUUAAAGUUCACAAGUUCUGGCUUUCAGACAACUACUGGCUUCAGGCAAACGUUUAUCUGGGUCUCCAUGAUUUUGACUGUGAAGACCCCAGGCCAUACUGCUUUAGUGUCCUGGCCAGCCACGGGAAGAGCCACAACUUCAGCGUGGAGCUGGGCAGUGAGCUGGCUGUGUGGGAGAAGUCAUUCCAAAGGGCAACUUUCAUGGAAGUUCAGAGAACUGGGUCAAAAACAUAUCUGUGCAGCUGGCAAGGAGAAAUGCUGUGCUUCACUGUGGAUUUUGCUCUGGGAUUCACCUGCUUUGACGGUAAAACAAAGAACGUGCUCUGGAGAUUCAAGUUCUCUCAGCUUAAGGGAUCUUCAGAUGACGGAAAAACUCGAGUAAAGCUGCUGUUUCAGAAUCUGGACACCAAACAGAUUGAAACAAAGAAAAGGAUGUGAACCAGAGAAAGUCUACAAGAUUUCACCACCUAGCCUGGAGAGAUUACAGAGUCAGCCUUGAAGGUGACAGCAGACAUUUUAAAACAAAGUACAUGCACCUUCAAAUCCUGAAAAGCCAACACUGUGGUAGUUUGAGUAAGAUCCCUAUGCCCAUGUAUUUGAGCACUCAGUCUUCAAGGACUGAACUGUUUGAAAGGACUAGAAGGGCUAAAUGGUGUGGCCUUGUUGGAGUAGGUAUGGCCUUUUUGGAGGAAGUAUGUCACUGGGGUUGAGCUUUGAGGUUUCAAAAGCCCAUGCCAGUCACAGUGCCUUCUUCCCAUCGAUCAGGAUGCAAAGCUCUCGGCUCCUUCUCCAGUACCAUGACUGCUGCCAUGCUCCCUGCCGUGAUGAUAACGGACUAAGCAAGCCUACAAAACUGUAUGAAAGCCUCUAAUUAGAUACCGUAUUUCUAAGAUUUUCCAUGGCCAUGAUGUCCCUUCACAGCGAUGGAACACUAACGAGGAAAAACAUGAGCUCGGCAGAAGAGAUGACAGGGUUCCCAUUCCCAGGGGUCAUGAUCUUAAACAUCCCCCACUCAGUAGCUACCAGAAGCCACAAAGUCCCUGUUUUGAGUUACAUCUGAAAUGCCCCCACUGAUUUUAGAGGUUGUAGAAACUUAGUACUGAAUUCAGCUAGCCGACCUGAGUUGUUUGGGGUAGGACUUUCUGGCUGAGAUCUCUGUUUCCUGAUAUUUCAAGACACGAGGAGCUGCCACAGCUCGACAUAUCCCCGCCAUCGUGAACAACUCCCAGCUGGUGCCUGCCAUGAUUAACUGUAAUCUCCUAAAAUCUUGAAUCAAAGUAAAAUUCCUUCCCUUAUGCUCCUUGUCACAAUGAUAAAAAGUAACUAAUACUGAAAUCUGUGUAUCUGUGUUUUCUCCAGUGUAUACCAUACAAGUAUUCCUAUACAAUUUAUGAUAAACUUCACCUUUCUGCUUAAGGGAAGCAGCACUUUAUGGGCUUCUUUAUUUU